AUGAUUUUAACUCAGCAGCGGUUUUCGUCGAUACACAUUUACAGCUWUCUCACUGAUAAAUGUGUUAAUGGUGUGCCAUUUUCUUUCAGCUUGUUUUCUGGRAAUAAAAUCUUCMACAUAAAGAGAAAUACAUUUGAGGAUCUGCAACAGUUAUCUUUAAUAGAUUUGAGUUACAACAGGAUUAUUAGCAUGGAUAGAAAGGCAUUUGUUUCACUACCAUCACUUCAUACAUUGCGACUCAACAUGAAUUUCAUCAAGAACAUUGAAAAGGAAACCUGGAUUAAUAUUGUAGCAUUGCAAAUCUUGGACGUUGGCGACAAUUUGAUAUCUUCUAUUGCAAGCGGGACAUUUUCGCAUUUUCAAGAACUAAAAGCUUUAAGUCUUCGCAGCAAUUUAAUCACGUUUCUCCACGAUGACACUUUUCAGAACAAUUCAAAAUUAACCUCUCUUUAUCUACAUGGUAAUGAAAUCCGAAAAAUACCCGAUGGUCUUUUCCGUAGCCAGAGGCAGCUGAGAGUGUUGUAUCUACAUAACAAUAGGCUUAAGAAGUUCAGCAAAUCAUCAUUUCGAGGACUGACCAUGCUUGAGAAGAUGUUACUCAACAACAAUAAUAUUAAAGAGACAGAAAUAUCACGUGACGUCUUUUCAGAGUUGGAAAACCUUAAAUACCUGAAAAUAGACAGUUUUAUCCUGUGCUGCUAUGCCAAAAAGAGUAUUCCAACAUUAACGGAAUGUGAAUCGGAGUCAAAUGGCUUUUCCAGCUGUGAGGACAUGUUGAAAAGCAUCGUUAUUCGUGUGGGAAUAUGGGUACAAGGACUCUUUGCUUCAUUUGGCAACCUUGCAGUCAUAGUAUGGUGGACAGUUUUGGGCAGAAAGCCACGUUCAAAAUCCACAAGAAAUAAACCUAAUGUACAAUCCUUACUCUUAAGACAUCUUGCUUUGGCUGACUUCCUUAUGGGGAUCUACCUGCUUUUCAUAGCGAUACAGGAUUCUUUGUGGAAAGGAGAGUAUGUGGAUCAUGACGUCGAAUGGCGAUCUGGAAUCUCCUGUCAAAUAGCAGGAGCCAUCUCGACUCUCUCAAGUGAAGUCUCGGUGAUGAUGCUCGUUGUCAUGACUGCAGACCGAUUCAGCACCAUCGUUUUCGACUUCAAAGGGAAACGGCUUAAUCUAAAAUCUGCUCACUGUGUUUGUCUUCUCGUUUGGAUCACGGGAAUUUUCAUCGCCUUCAGUCCAAUGUUUGCAACAAGUUACUUCAACGAUGAAAAGACAGGGUUCUCAUUCUAUGGACGAUCAACUGUGUGCAACCCCUUUCAGCUUUCCUCGUACCAGCCUUCAGGAUGGGAGUACUCCGUCGCGGUGUUCAUGGCAUUCAACGGAGCUGCCUUUUUAUUCAUUCUUGUUGCUUAUGUAGCAAUAUUCAUUAAGGUCCAGCGGUCCGCCAAAAGAGUCCAGUCAUCGAGAGAACCAUCGUCUCUAGGCUCAAGAAUUAUGUUCAUUGUCCUGACAGAUUUUUGCUGCUGGAUGCCAGUCAUCGUGCUUGGUAUUCUGUCACUUGCUGGAAAGUUUUAUGACUCGACAGGACAAGUGUAUGCUGUGAUUGCUGUAUUUGUUCUGCCAGUGAAUUCCUCCAUCAAUCCUAUCAUAUAUACCUUUGCUACKCCACAAGCGCAGAAAUUAUAUCAACAAAUGACGCAAGGAUUGCGAGACAAAUUCCAGGGUUGGAAACCAAAGAGAACAGAAGGCGCGGAUCUUGAUAAUGCCGGUUAUACUGAAGAAAAUGAACAUGGCAUCGAACUAAAAGAGGUUAAGGCUGAUAUAGCAGAUUAAACAAAGCAAUAUCCCCAGCAUUACUUACAAAAUCUAUACUUAUAAAAUCUUAUAAAAAUCAAAAUCUUAAAAAAUCACUACUUUAUAAAUCGGAUUAGAGUACGAUUUGUCGCACGAUUUCUAUAUAUGGAUGUACAUUAACAGGCUUUAAUAUUAAUAUUUAGAAAUAUAAAAUUAGGAAAAUACUAGCGCUGCGUGCUAGUCUUCAUCCUCUGCUAAAAAUUUCUUUUCGAGUUAAGUUUGAAUCGUAGAAAACUUUAAAAUUUCUUCUUCGCAUUUUAUGUACAUGAGUAUCGUCAUGCGUACAUCAGCUCUGUGUACACGUAAAGCGAUAUAUGGAAGUCGUACGACUAACCGUUCCCUCAACUAAGCAUAUAUAACACAUUCUAAACUCCUGCGUCAGUGAGUUUCCACAAUCCAUUGUAUGGAUUAGAGUGAUCGCCUCAUUAUGUUAUGCAAAACAUCCGUUCCGCAUGAAACAAUUAUAGUCUUUUUUGCACUUUUCUGCCAUUUGAAAAUGACGAGUAGUCGCACAACUUAAAUCGUACGUACCUCUACGUAUAAAAAGCCCUGCAGUUGUUGCAGCGAUCGAAAACUGCCGAGAAGUUAGUGAAGUUAGUGUCUGGUCUGAAAAGUUUUGAGCAUUUUUGACGUCAAUUUCAUUGUCAAUAAGAGUACAUUCCCUGAUGAUGCUGUAGACAGCGAAAGCUUGGAACAAUUUAUUGUAAAUAAGAUCUACAACCAGCAGCUUCGGCUACAUUUUGUACUUUCUACUUCAGAAACCUUUUGGAUUUGGGUUUUUCAGCGACGUAUUGUCMAAGGGUUUUGACUUUACAUUAAAAGCACUCUAGAUCUAAAAUGAUAGACUAUCAGACUAUCAGUAAUUGCUUCUCAGACUGAUAAAAACCUCUAAAGUUUAUUAGUCAAUGAAGAAGGCAGAAAAUAUUAAUAAUUGAUAUGUUUAGGAUACAUUAUCAAAGCAACCACAGAAAUAUAUGUAACUUAAAAAACGAUAUCGAUAUCGUAAAUGAUCUAUUAGACGCACUCUUUCCAAUACCGUAUCUAAUGAACGUGUCUCUCUUGUCUUUCCAAAAACAUUUAAGCGAUCCCCUCUAAUUACCGCUAAAAGACGYUUACCUGAAAAAUAUACUUUGUAAGCAUAACAAUGGCAAUGAACAAACAAACGAGCAUAGUAUUUUUGUACUUCACCAGUUAUAACGGUUUUCUCAUCAUAUCCAGAUACAUCCCAAUUUCAAAGUAAUGUCAUCAAAUCCCGUUGCUAUUCAGUCUUUUAAAUGUGAUGGUAAUUUUUCGAAUGAUAUAAUUAGAAUAAACGUCUCUCUAUAAUAAAGCCCUGCACGAAAAUGUGGACACCCCAGAACUCUAAUAGAUCAUUUAUGGUAUAGUAACCAUUCUUGUCGAAAGACCCGUAUAAAUAUUGUAGUUGUUAAAUCAAUGAUUUUUGUAGUUUUCUAAUUUUAUAGCGCGAGAUGCAAGUAAGGUAAUUCGCAAUAACUAUUUUAAUAGGCAACGUGCUGAGCCUAUAAGAAGAUGCUAAUUUUUGAAAGGAAUCAAAGAAGAUGCAUGGAGUCUUCGCAACCUUUUGUGUCUGGUGAAGUAAGCAUCAGGAAAAUUCCUUGUCAGGUACUAAUUCAUCUGACGUAAAAUUUGCUUUCGGCUCAUCUUGAUGUAUUUGUUUUGACAGCUGUGGAUUGCCUAUUGCAUCUGUUCUUUUGAGUCCAUGAUGUAUUUGUUUUGUUAGCUGUGGAUUGCCUAUUGCAUCUGUUCUUUUGAGUCCAUGAUGUCCAUCACGUGAAUCUAGAGUUAAGAUGCUCUUUGCGAUUAUAUCUAUAUUGCACUCGUUUAGUUCUUCAUCUAUAGAUUGUGAAUUAGUAUAAAGCAAUAAAGGUCUAUUAAAAUCAA